AUGUCAUCAAUAUUAUUUGAAGACAUGUUCAUAGUUGAUUCUACUGAUCCAGGUAGAUACACCAAAGUUUGUAGAAUUACUGGUUAUUCGUCUACUUCACAAGAUAUCAAAAUAACUUUAGAUAUAAAUAAUGAAUUAUUUCCCGUUAAGUCAAAAGAUUCUUUAACUAUAACUUUAGCUUCAUCUUUAGGUAAUGAUUCCUCAAUGGUUACAUCUAAUGGAUCUUGGAGACCACCAAGAGAUGGUGAAAGAUCAAUAGCAGAUGAUUAUGAUUAUGUUAUGUAUGGUACAGUUUAUAAAUUUGAAGAAAAUGUUGAUAAUGAUAAAAUGUCUGUUUAUAUAUCGUUUGGAGGUUUAUUAAUGAGAUUAGAAGGUGGUUAUAGACUGUUAUCAAAUUUGAAACAAGAAAAUGCUUAUAUAUUAAUACGCCAUUAUAGAUGA